GUGAAUAUUACGUGCACAUGGAGUGUCAGGACUUUGUUGUCAGUGACUGUAAGGAGUGUGCAACUUAUGUACCACACCAAGAUACAAUGGCUGUCAUACAGUAUCACCACUGGAGAGAGGGUAAUCUACCUGGCAACUCCAAGUGUUUGCUGUGUAAGAAGACUUGCUGGUCCUCAGAGUGUCUCACGGGGAUGAGGUGUGAGUGGUGCGGGAUGACGGCCCAUGCCCAGUGCUAUCAACAGCUCCCUAAGGAGUGCAACUUUGGCAUCCUGAAGGACAUCCUGCUUCCCCCCAGCUGUCUCACAAUUCCUAGAAUGGAUGUCAGUAUGGAGACCAUUAUAGGGAUCACCAAGAAAGCCAUUGAAGUCCCAAAGCGUACUGUGUCAGAAGAGUGGUCGUCUAGCGGAGACUCUAAGGGAGAGGAGGAGGAGAGGAGGUCACCCAAAGAAAAAGAACCCAAAGAGAGGGAUGAAGGUGGAGAAGUGAUCAAAGUGUUUGAUGGCAACUGCUCAAUGAAGAAACGUCUGUACAGGACAAUCUCAGUCCCGAGACAAGCCACCUCAAAGGAGAUAGUGGAAGCUGCUUUAAGAACAUUCCACAUAUCAGAUGAUCCACAGAAUUAUUACAUAGCAGAGGCUGUGGAAAAAGGUUUUUUUCUUGCAGAGAACGAGGAGCGCGAAUUGGACGAGGUGGAACCUCUGCUUGGUCGUCAACUUCGCACCGAAGGCAAACGACCGUCCAUUUUCCUGCGGUAUAAGGAGAGAGACCCAGACCAGGGCUAUAUUAGAGUAUAUCCUGGAGGUCUAAGGAAUAAUAUGGGUCCCAAGAAUAUCCCUGUCACCAAGGAGACCACUGCUGUGGAGGUGAUCCAGAUGGCGCUGGGGAAAUUUGGAGUGGAGAUGACGGACCCCGAGCAUUAUGAACUCAUCGAGGUGCUGCUGGACAGAGGAGUGGCGGAGAGGAGGAUGGAGGCCAAAGAGAGGCCAUGGCAGAUUAUACAGCAGACCAGGAAGGAGUCGCUGCGUCAGAACCGCAUGACGCGAUUCUAUAUCCAACAGCAGGAGGAUCCCCAUGGACCCACUGUGGCCCUGUUUGUGGGGAAUUUACCCAGCGGUUUGUCGCAAAAACAGUAUGAGAAGAUUUUAAUUGAUAAUCUGGGGAAAGGAAAUCGUUGGACAGAUAUAGAUGUGAUCUAUUAUGAGUAUGGGUCAGUGGUGCUGACAUAUAAUUCUACUGAGGAAGCUACCAGUGCUUUCAGUCUGCUUAAAAAUGCAAUCUUUGAUGAAAAACAGCUCCUAGUUCUUCUACUGCCCAAUAUACAGCCUCAUAUGAUCCCAGAGAAUGUCAUUCCUUUAUUGGUGUUUGUGAAUGUAAAGAGUGGGGGCUGUCAGGGUCUGGAACUGAUCCGUUCCUUCAGGAAGCUACUCAAUCCACACCAAGUGUUCAAUUUAGAAUAUGGUGGACCUCUACCAGGGUUGUAUGUGUUCCGUAACAUCCCGUACUACAAGAUUCUGGUGUGUGGCGGUGAUGGCACCGUGGGAUGGGUGCUGUCCUGUCUUGACAAUGUGGGCCAAGAUGCUGUAUGCCAGUCACCUCCCAUGGGGAUAGUUCCACUGGGCACAGGUAAUGAUUUAGCUCGAGUCCUGCGUUGGGGUCCAGGCUACACUGGCGGUGAAGACCCUCUGAAUGUACUCAGGGACGUGAUAGAGGCAGAGGAGAUACAGUUAGACAGAUGGACCGUCAUAUUCCAUCCCAAUGAACAAGAACAAGACGAAACGCGAGUGAAUUUAGCCAAUGAGUGUUUAGAUGCUAACACAAACGAGGAUCAGUCUACAAUGUUUGUAAUGAACAAUUAUUUUGGCAUUGGAGUUGAUGCUGAUGUGUGCUUAGACUUUCAUAAUGCAAGGGAGGAAAAGCCAGAAAAAUUUAGUAGCAGAUUACGGAAUAAAGGCAUGUAUUUCAAGAUGGGAUUAAGGAAAUUUAUGAACAGGCGGCCGCGGUCAUGCAAAGAUCUGAAUAAACUCAUCAAAGUGGAAUGUGACGGGAAGACACUGGAACUCCCUCCUGUGGAAGGCAUCAUCAUUCUGAAUAUUCUCAGCUGGGGUUCUGGGGCCAAUGUCUGGGGCCCAGAGAAGGAGGACUCCUGGUCCCCACCCACCCACUACGACGGACUGCUGGAAAUUGUGGGCAUUACGGGCGUGGUGCACCUGGGCCAGAUGCAAAGUGGACUGAGGAGUGCCAUACGCCUGGCACAGGCAGGACAUAUCCGUAUCACCCUGUACCAGGAUCUUCCAGUCCAAGUGGACGGUGAACCCUGGAUCCAGCCUGCGGGACAGGUUGGCGUGCUGCGCUCCGCUCUCAAGGCAACAAUGUUAAAGAAGACCAAGAGUAAAAUAAAGCGCCGUAACACAGAGCCCAGUAUUUUCUUUCCUAAGAAUGAUCAGUCAAUGUUAGCGACAUCUCCAGAUAGCGAGAGUGGGCCGUACUGACAUUAGCACAAGCGUAGAGCAGGGACAUAUUCAUUAGAUGUUGUACAAAGAAAGUCCUCCUGGGAGCAGCUAUUAUUCAGUAUGGGUGAUGGCAAAUACACAGGGUAAAAUGAAUUCUCCCUUCGUGGCAAAAUUCAGGGAUUGAAAAUUUUAGUAAAGGAGAAAGCCUUCAGGUGCCAGCAAAGGGGAUCCAGCAACAUAGGAGCAACACAGUAGCACUAGGAAGAUCCGACAAGAGAGACAGAUGUUGACAACCUAGAACAGAACUCAAGCGAACAAAUUCACAUAUGAUUUUUUUUUUUCAUUUUUUAAAAAAAAAUUAUGUACAGGAUGUUUUAUAUGUGUGUAUACAGCCGAGGAGUUUGCACUGACAGAACAUAAAACUUAAAUGUGUGUAAAAAUCAAGAUGGGAUGCUUGUCAGUAAGCCACAUCUAGCUGUGAACUGCUGCUGAGAUUUCAGAGAAAAGUUCAGCAGUUUUGACAAUCAGAAAUUAUGACACCUGUGGACGUGAAGUAAGACUCCAUCACAAUUUCAUCUUUUCCCUAGCGUUUUCUAAAAUAGGGUGUGGUCAUUUUCUCUUAAGUCCCCGCAUUCCUAGAAUGUGUGUUAGAGUUAGAGAGAUAGAUGUGAUAGCAAGGAAGACAGUGGUCUUCAUUGUGUUAGUUGAGAUAAGGUAGGAUGUGAUUGUGGAGAAGACCUUCACAUCUCUCAUUGCUUUGGUUGAGACAGUUGAAUACUUUUGAGAUGGUUGAGUAUCUGGUUGUAGAAGAUCAAACAGCUGGUUGGGACACACUAGAGUUACUAUUUGAGAUGUGCUUGACUAACUAGUUGAAGCUUAGUUGAGACAUAAUUGAGUUACUGGUUUGGAUAUGAUUCAGUUAACUGGUUGAAGCUUGGUUGCGUUACUGGCCAAGGCACAGUGGAGUUACUGGUUGAUACAAGGUGGAGUUACUGGCAGAGACAAAUUUGUUGACUGCUGUUGAUCCUCACUUAAGAAGCAAUCUCAAUCUCUGUGUACAGGAAGAUAUCUGUCUAGUCUCUCACCAUAAUGUCCAGUCACUGAACUGUUGAGGAUCACUCGGUAGAGCUUAUUUUAGAUAUUUUGUCAUUGUCCUGUGUCUGGUAUCUUUUUUUUUUUUUUUUUUGUCCUAAUUCUAAAUCUCAUGUUCAGGCUGCAUAUGUGUACUGCAUAUAUGUACAGUCCGUCUGUAUACUACACAUGUACAUUGCAUCUGUAUACUUUGUGUACAGUGCAUAUGUGUGCUGCAUAUGCACAGUGCAUGUAAUGCCAUAUUGUCCUGACUCUCUCUGGUGUACAGAAAUGUAUUUGUAUUUUGGGUCCUUCAUAAAAAUAAUUAUGAUUAUUAUUUGUUUGUUUGAUAGCAAGUGCCAGCUGGUUCAAUUCUACUCAUUGUGUAUGGUACUGAAUGUUAGUGUGUGUCCAGCUUUUAGAAACAGACGCAGAAUGCACCGUUGCCAAGGCUUUACCAUUUGUCUCUUUAAUAAACGGCGAGCAGAUUCUGUUGCUGAGGCUUUGUCAACCACUCUGUUUACAGACUUCCAUUGGUGUUCACCUCAAUCUGAAAUACUCUUUUAUGAGCCCAACAGGUACAUGCAGGUUCUCUUCAGAAUAACAUACAGUUGUAGUUAAGAAUUUCUGAAGUAAGUGGAUUCACGUGCAGGGAAAAUUAUGUACAUAUGACCCACACCCUCAAAACUUAGGUCAGUAAAUUUUAAACCUAGAUAUUUACAAACAUGAGGCCAGAAGAAACUUUCACAAACCCAGAUCUGAGAGACCCACAUUGGAUCACAGAAACGGGUCAUGGUGACCGACCUCUAAUUAAAUCAGGUCAGUGUGACCUAUUUAAAUGAAAUCAGGUCAGUGUGACCUACUUGGUCUUUCUUCCAAUAUUUGUUAGAUUGAAUCAGCUUCCAGGAAUGUAAAAAGAGAGGCAGAGGAAGCUACUCUUUACCUCCCACAACACACCAAUAAUAGUUAUUUGCUAAUUUAUUUUACAUACGUAGUGCUAUUGAUUCAAACAAUGUUUUAUAUUUGUGUCUAGUAUUAAAAGUGAGAGUUGAGGUACUGUGAAAGAAUAGCAGAAACCGAUUGAUGGUUGCGGUAGUCUUACAGUUAAUUAUAAACAAAAUUGCUAGUAUAUAUUUGUUCAUGGACAUUACUUUUUUUAGUAAUGUCUGAUUAAAGGGGGAUUGCUUAUACUCCUUUGACAACUGUCACUAAUAACUGAACUAGAACAAAGAUCAUUUAUUUUCCAAAAACUGUGUCUUAAAGGUGAAAUAUAAAAAGGAUUAGCAUGUUGGAUUUAACUGCAAAAUGUGUUCUUCUGUGUUACAAAAAA